AUGGCCGGGGCUUGGCUGCUGCUUCUCUUGGCCCUCGGGUGUCCAGCCCUGCCCACAGAGGCGACCACUCUCCUGAGGCUGGCACAACCAGGUGUGGGGGGCGCCCCCUUCCCCUCGCUGGCCCCACCCAUCACGAUGCAGGUGGAUGGGAAGCAGCAGGUGCUGGUGGUCUGCCUGGUCCUCGAUGCCGCGCCCCCUGGCCUUGAGAGCCCCAUCUGGUUCUCAGCUGGCAACGGCAGCGCACUGGACGCCUUCACCUACGGCCCUUCCCCAGCUGCAGAUGGCACCUGGACUAGCGUGGCCCAGCUCUCCCUGCCCUCGGAGGAGCUGGCAUCCUGGGAAACCUUGGUCUGUCACACCGGGCCUGGGGCUGGGGAUCACAGCCAGAGCACACAGCCCCUGCAGCUGUCAGGAGUGACUUCCUCAGCGAGGACCUGCCUCUGGGAACCUCUUGGGGGGACGCCCGGCCGCGCGCUGCGGCUGGAGGCGCUGCGGCUGCUGCUCUUCAAGCUGCUGCUGUUCGACGUGCUCCUGACCUGCAGCCGCCUGCGCGCCCCGCCCGCCGCGGGGGACCGGCCGCCGCCCGCCCGCUGGACGCCGAGCUCCCCGCCCCGGCCGCCGGCCCGCAGCGCAGCCUCGGCGGGUAAGGGAGCCUCUGCCGCCACCGACUGCAACGGCCGCCGGGAGAGGCCGAGGGCUCAGACCUUUGCCCCGCCCUCCGGGUCCCGACCCAGGCGGGAGCCCAGUCCGGGAGGAGGGGAGGCUCUCUGCCCACCCAGCGCCCAGCGCUCAGGACCCGCCUUCAGUAUGCAGACCUCCCGCCUCGGAGGACACCGCGACCUGCCUCCUCCUGGACCCGAGCUUCCUGGGGGUGGGGGCGCUCCCUCCUUCCACUGAGGCCGAUCGGAGGGAAAGGCUGCGUCUCCCCGAUCUGGACAUUUGAGAUGCAGAACACCUAGGACCAUUAAAGGAGAACUUAAAUGGCACAAGCCAAUGGGAAGUGUUUUCAUUCAUGUCUUCUCUGGGAGGAGGCAAUUUGGCAGGUUUAGGGGAGGAAGAAAUCUGGGAGGGCUUCCCAGAGGAGGAGGACUUCCUGAGGGCAAGACCCUGGGAAUUGCAGCCUGGGGCUGGGGGUUGGGGAGGACCCUGUCCCACCUGUCUCCUUACUCCGCAGCCAAGCAUGAGGCAAGGCCCCUUUUGGCUCCUCACCCUGGCCCACGCUCUGUGAGAGUUCAGGCUGUGCAGCCCAGGAGCCCAGAAAUGUGGGUGCAGGGCCUGAUGUGAAAUCUUGUACAGACACGACUGAGGGGAACAGGGCCAGGAUCCCAGAGUAAGGGGAGUGUGUUCAAUGCCAAGAGCAUUGGUGAUCAUUCCAAGCUUACACUUAUUAAUCAAGUAAGGGUCAUUAUUCAUUUCACAAACAUUCGUUGAACAUCAACUCCGCCAGGCACUAAAGCGGUUUUUGUUUU